GAAAGACAAACGUCGUGAAAGCUUCUCUUCUCGGUUCUUGUUGUCUCUAUUCCAUCACGAUUGGUCACUCGCACCGAAGUCUUGACUCAGAGAAGCCAGGAACUAUUGACGCGGUUCCCCUCGAUCGUCAAUCGAAUUAAGGUGCCAUGAGCACCCGCAGUGUUCGACCAUCUUCGUGCCACUUUCUUCAAUGAACGGCUCCUUUUGACGCAUUCAUUUUAUAAAUUAUUGGUUUUUCUCAUUCUUUCUACACACCGUAACGCUGCCACUGGUUUCCAUCGACUGAAAAUUUUGUUUUCCACUUUAAAUAAGGGAAAUACAUUAAAAUGAAGACGCGAGUGAUUUUGGUGUGCGUGCUUUUCGCAGUGGUUACUGCUGACAGUGAUCAGACUCAGAAAAGAGGCAUAGUUGGAUCGAUGGUGAAAAACUUUUUUGGCCUAUUCGGAAAUAAACCACCAGCGGAUGCACCCUCGCCAGGAUCUUGUUACUGCAGUUGCGGAGUCCGAAAUGAAGAAAGCCGCAUAGUUGGUGGACAAACGACCUUGGUCAAUGAAUUUCCAUGGAUGGCGAGAUUGUCGUAUCUCAACAAAUUUUACUGCGGGGGUACUUUGAUCAACGAUCGUUACGUGCUCAGUGCAGCUCACUGCGUUAAAGGGUUCAUGUGGUUUAUGAUUAAAGUCACAUUCGGCGAGCACGACAGAUGCGACGAGAAAAAAACGCCCGAGUCGAGAUUCGUCGUGCGCGCGCUAACCGGUGACUUUAGUUUUCUCAAUUUUGAUAAUGACAUUGCUCUCUUGAGAUUGAACGACAGGGUACCACUGAGUGACGCCAUCAGGCCGAUUUGCCUGCCAACGAUGCAAGAUAACGAUUACGUUGGGACAAAAGCGAUUGCCUCGGGAUGGGGAACACUCCGCGAGGACGGUAAGCCGUCGUGUGUUCUUCAGGAGGUCGAGGUGCCUGUCAUGAGCCUUCAGGAUUGUCGAAAUACGAGCUACAAUCCUCGUAUGAUAUCUGACAACAUGUUAUGUGCUGGUUAUCCAAAAGGACAACGAGACUCCUGUCAAGGUGACAGCGGUGGACCUUUGAUCGCCGAACGAGAAGACAAAAAAUAUGAACAGAUUGGCGUCGUUUCAUGGGGAAAUGGUUGCGCGAGGCCAGGAUAUCCCGGAGUUUACACUCGAGUAACACGUUAUCUCAAAUGGAUUCUUGACAACACGAAGGACGGAUGUUUCUGCGACAAAGAAUACGUGAAAUAUCUCAUAUGCGUUUUGAUCAUUUACUCUGCUGUGCCCCAAGACCGAGAAUUCACAGUUCGAGCUGAGGAACAACAUGGCGAUAGAAAAUCACGAGGAGUGUGGGACCUGAUUUUUGGAAGAUUCAGAACCUGUGGUAGCUGCGUUUGUGGAAAAUCGAAUCGCAAUUAUGCUCGGCUACUCGGAGGCGAAGACACGCAGAGUCAUGAGUUUCCUUGGCUCACGAAUGUUCACGUUAAAUCGAACAAGCUCGUUAGCGGAAUUUUGAUAAAUGAUCGCUACGUGUUAACCGCCGCUAGCCAACUCGUCGGAGCAACGGCCCCAGAAAUCAAAGUGUCUCUUGGCGAAUACGAUCGCUGCAACAUCGACAUAUCUUCGAUAAACUCGAGCGUCGAGACAGUAACGAUGUACCCAGAAUUCAAUCCGGAUUCCCAUGCCCAUGACCUCGCUCUUGUCCGUUUGAGUCGUCCAAUUAAGUUUGAGAAAAGAAUAUCACCGGUGUGUCUGCCCAACCCAGGCUCAUCGUAUCUUGGCCAAGUAGGCACUGUCUUCGGAUGGACCGAGAGCAAAUCGUCCGAUGACAUUGACACAAGAACGUGUCGUCCUCGGAAAUUGGGGCUGCCUAUUCUCGGCUACAACGAGUGUAUUAAAUCGGGAAUAAAUCCGAAGGACUAUCACGACGAUUCAGGCUGUGUUGGUGUCGUUGGUGUCAAUUCUGUCAUUUGCAACAAUCUUACGCUCCCUCGAAGGUUUACGAAAAUCUCACAAGAGAUAAAAAUAAAACUUGAAAACUCCUUGGAGUCCGGGAACGACUUUGACACGAAAAGUUCUCGCGGGUUUGUGCACAGCAUAAGGUGUCUCGCAAUUUUCCCUCGCUCAACUGCGUGUAUCCCCGAGACAAUUUUUUCCAUUAAAAUGUUUGCGCGUAUUUUUAUCGUUUUGCAACUAUCAAUCAUAGAAAGUUUCGUCGGCCUCUGUGAAUACAGUUUCGAAAAUGAUCAUCGAGCUGCUAGACAACUGGAUGUGUCCUACGGAAGUCCCACUUACGAAUUUUGCGAAUGUGGACGUAAAAAUGUACCCGUUGUGGGGGACAUUCGCGUCGUCGGUGGAUUGAAAGUUAUGGAAAAUGAGUAUCCUUGGGUAGCCCUCAUAAUAACGAAAGAUCGAGGAUUAAUUUGUGGAGGAUCUCUGAUAAACGAUCGAUACGUCGUCACUGCAGCUCACUGCCUUGCUCUAGGUUACGAACAGCGAGAACUGAAGGUGGUUUUGGGAGAACACGACAUUUGCAUGGACGACGAUCACACGGUGAGAUUUUCGAUUGAAAGAUUGAUCGUCCACCCACGCUACAACAAUAGAACGCAAAACGCUGAUAUAAUGCUCGUGCGGUUGAACAUGAGAGUCACUUUCACCAAAUUUAUACGCCCAAUUUGCCUGCCUCAGAUAGAAUCAAGAAUGAGCACUUCGAAAAAAUUCGGAGGGAAAUUUGUGACUGCACUUGGUUGGGGCUUGGCUGAUAUUCCACACCAAGUCUGCACUCUUCGAUCCGUUAAUCUUGAGAUUUUUCACUCGGAAUAUUGUCGAGGAGAAGUUUCCACGGUUCUAUGUGCUGGACUAAAUGACGGUGGUCGUGAUGCAUGUCAGGGUGACAGCGGUGGCCCUCUUCAGAUGAUAAACUCACGAGAACGUUACGAAUUGAUUGGUAUCACAUCGACUGGGGUCGGUUGUGGAAACGGAUACCCGGGUCUGUACACGGACGUCGUAUCAAUGGUGCCGUGGAUCAUAAAAAAAGGGUGGGAAAUAAUGAUGUGGACGAAUUUAGCACUGGUGACCUUCGGAGCUUUUCUCAUCCAAGACCCUGCGCUCGCCCAAAAGUUUUAUCGUCGACCUCGAGUUGAUCCAACUUGUGAGUGCGGAAAAUCCAAUGAGGGAGUGUCCAACCGAAUCGUCGGUGGUGUCAUCACCGAGCCCCACAUUUUCCCAUGGAUUGUCGCUAUUUAUCACAAGAAGUUGUUACACUGCGGUGGAGCCCUUAUAAACGAUCGAUACAUUCUCACUGCAGGACACUGCGUUAAAUGGAAUGAGAAAAAAGAUUUGGAAAUUGGGCUUGGAAAACACGACCUCGAAAACCCCAAGAUCGGAUACAUCCUGCCAAUCGAAGAAAUUAUACUGAACAAACAGUUCGAGAGUGAUUUUCUUCAUGACACGAACGAUAUUGCACUCAUGAAGUUAAAAUACCCGGUGAGGUACAGCGAGACCGUGAGCCCGUUGUGCCUGCCUGUUCAAGGAUCCGAAUACGAGGGUCGUACAGUCAAGGUCGCAGGCUGGGGUCGCGUCACCUCGUCCGGAGAAUCAUCGAGGUAUCUUCGUCAAGCGAGUCUCAAAGUUAUGCCCUGGAUAACGUGUAGUAACACCUCGUUUGGUGAGCACGUCACUCAAUCAAUGAUGUGUGCGUAUGCCGCAGGAACCGAUGCGUGCCAGGGCGACAGCGGGGGACCUUUGCUCUACGAAAAACGACAAGGAACAUACGAGAUGAUAGGUAUCGUCUCAUGGGGCAUCGGUUGCGCGUUGCCAAAUUCGCCAGGGGUUUACGUCAAAAUCACGGACUAUCUAAAUUGGAUAAAAGCUAAUACGCAGGACGGCAUUUACUGUAGGUCGACGUGAAUAAGGUCAAAAGACUUUUCAUGUCGAAGGACGAAACAAUUAUUGCAUCAAUAAAGAUAAAUCGAACCGAUACAACGAGAAA